UGGUAGACCUGUCAUUUGACGUUUAAACCUGACAGUUGAUUUUUUCAUGACAUGAGUUGUCAAAGUAGUGGUUUUAUCACCUGAUACAGAUGUGUCUCAAAUAAUUGUGUCCCCCAAAAUGAAGAAAUACAAAACGGGGUAGUCCCCCGGGUCUUAUGAGUGACAUGACGCCAGCUGUUGAGCAGUGGUCCUUAUACUCCGCUGCUCAAAACCUCCCGGCCGUCCUAAACGACCCCAAUCGCGGCAAACAGUCGAAUUUCUUCGUCAAGACAUGGGGCGACACAUUCGUCGAGAAGACCCAAAUCGAGAAAAGCCCCUUCCUGCCCGAAAUAACCUACUCGCACUUCGAUGGCUACGUUCGCAAGAUCGGCAAACGGUACAAGCGGCACAUUCGGCUCUCCCAGAGCAAGCUCGAGGCGAAUCAUGUGAAAACUCGAACGAAGGCGGACCUCAUCAACGGCGAGGUUAGCGUCGAAUCAAUCCCCGAGAUUUUCCUGCGGCAGCAUUUCCCUCUGAACGAUCCCGCAGUGUUCGCGCAAGUUUUCCACGGAAACGACCGGGACCAGGACUACGUCCUGCAGGAGGAGUUGAGUCAUUACUUGGACAUCGUCGAGGUGCAAAUUGCCAAGCAGGUGUCGCAAAAGUCGGGGGCUUUUUUCCACGCCAUGACCUCGCACGACACCAUCAUGGAGCAGAUGGGAGUUGCCCACACGGAGGUGCAAACCUUGCGCUCGAAAGUGCAAAAGGUGGACAAAACCCUCGCGAAGGACUCCCUCAAGCUCGUAGGCCUGGCCAGGGCCAAGGCCAACCACGGCAAGCUCGUCGACAAGCUCAAGUUAAUGGCAACUGUUUUACAAACACAGCCCACUCUCCAGCUCCUCCUGAGCUCGUCGGAUUACGUCGCAGCCCUCGAACUUAUUUCGAGCACCCAGGAGGUGCUGUCGAAGGAGCUGGCUGGGGUUACUAGUCUGCGGCACUUGCCCUCGCAGCUUAAAGAAAUGUCGAAGUUGAUUGAUAAGAUGUUGAGUACGGAGUUUGAGAGAUACGCUGCCGCCGAUUUGCACCGGCCUUUGGAGGCGGAAGGUGGGGUUUUGGAGCAGGAGAGGUUGGUUAGUUUGGUCGCGGGGCUGUUGCGACAGAACAAUUUGCAAUUUUUGGAGACGUAUAAGCAGGAGGCUGUCACUGCGGCUCAGACUUUACUCAAACAGUUGCUGAUUGAACAGUUGGCGGAUGUUGAGGAUGAUAUGGAGAUGACGGGGUCGGGGGAGGUGGCCCCCAGUAUGGACGCCGCGCAUUGGUUGAGGGUGCUGACGCUGGCAAGUGAAGCGCUGGGCAAGCUGGUCCAGAGGGUGAAAUCCGUUCACAGCGUCAUCAAAGAAACGGCAGAUACGAGCGCCGGCCUCAAAUCAGCGCCCUCUCUCCGCGACUCGGAAAGUUUCCUAAGUCUCGAAGACCACAACCGCGUGGAAAUCAAACUAAAAGACUUAUUAAUCUCAAUCUGUGAUUAUUGCCAUGAACGGUUAGCUUCAUUAGUCAGCACUCAGUCCGACAAGCAGACCAUAACAGCAGUCCAGGUCACUGAAUUAUCGACAAUCGUCGAUAACUUCACCGACCUGUGCGAGAAGGUUUGUGGGCGGCAAAGUGCCGCUUUGAGGGCGGCAUUCAAAAUCCAGGCCGGGAAUUACGUCCACAAAUUCCACAGCCAGCGCAAAAACAAACUCACGAUGCUUCUGGACGCGGAACGGUGGAAAGUCGCUGAAGUGCCUCAAGAAAUCCAAAUGCUAGUCGACAAGUUAGCUUUAGGGAAUGUGAUCAAGUCGUUGCCGAGUUCGCCAACUGGGGAAAACAACGAAAAGAAAUUACAGAAACCUGCACCGGCCCUGAAAAUCGGCUCGCAGGAUUACACGACGGUGGGGACCGUGCUGAUCCUCAUACAGCUAGUUUGUGAAUAUUGUGUUUGUGCGUACAAUUUGCAAUUGCUGGCCCCCAUAGUCGGGCGCAAUUUGACCGAGUUGUUGCGAACGUUCAAUUCGCGGAGUUGUCAGCUGGUGCUGGGGGCAGGUGCGUUGAAGACAGCCGGCCUGAAGACGAUAACGACGACGAAUUUGGCGCUGACGUCCAGGUCGUUGCAGAUGGUUUUGUGGAUGAUCCCGCACAUUCGGGCGCAUUUUAAUGCGCUGACCAGCGACCCGCUCGGGGGGUUUGACGCGGUGGAGAGAGAUAUCGGACAUCAUAUUCAACAGCUGGAGACCAAAGUUUUGUCGAUUAUGAAUAGUUUGUUGGGGGAUCAGUUGAAUGAAUGGGAUGCGAAGCCGCCCGUGCCGUCGAAAGCGUUCAGGAAUGUGUCGAGGCAUCUGACGAAGUUGCACGAAGCGGUCAGCCCGGUCUUGCCCGAGGAACAGGUCACCGACAUUUACGAAAUAAUCCACAAAAACUUCAAGUCGCGCCUUCGAGACCAGCUCCUAAAAAUGAACAUCCAAAACAACGGCGGCCCCCAGCACGGCUUAGUCACAACCGAAAUAUUUUUUUACAUAGACACAAUGAAGACUUUAAAAGUUUUGCCAGAUAAGUAUUUGUCAGAUAAGGCCAUGGAUGAUAUUUGGACGAGGUAAUAAAAAUUCCAAACGGUGUUUUAUUUAUUAAGCUUGAAAGUAUGUAUGCUGCGAAUGCCCGAAUUUUGUUGUUGUUUUUCAUUAAAAGACUUAAUAAAAUUUUUAAAACCG